AUGCGUGAGAUUGUGACGCUGCAGCUGGGCAGUCUCAGCAACUACGUCGCCACCCACUUCUGGAACACACAAGAGUCGUACUUUACCUAUUCAGAAGACGAAAAGAGCCAUGUCGACCACAACGUCCACUUUAGAGCGGGAGUAGGUGAGGAUGGCUCGGACACGUUUCUGCCGCGGACGGUGGUGUAUGACUUGAAGGGCGGGUUUGGGUCGUUGCGCAAGAUGAAUCCCAUGUAUGAUGCGCGGAGUGAGGAUGCAGCCGUGGCGUCUCUGCACGGCAAACCAGCGGUCCACAAGGAAAACGCCGUCUCAGCCAUCGACUACCAAAAGGCCCUCGACGCCGGCAUCCAGCCAGCCUCCAAGCUCGCCGCCUCAGACGUGCGCUACUGGUCCGACUUCUCGCGUGUCUACUACCACCCCAAGUCGCUUGUGCAGCUCUACGACUUUGAGCUGCACUCGAGCAUCAUGCCCUUUGAGCGGCACUCGAUGGGCACGGAGCUGUUUGCCUCGCUGGAGAAGCAGGAUGAGAUUGUCGACCGCGACUGGAGGCCGUUUGUGGAGGAGUGCGACCAGAUGCAAGGGAUUCAGGUGUACACCACGCUGGACGAUGCCUGGGGCGGCUUUGCGGGCUCGUAUCUCGAGGCGUUGAGGGAUGAGCAUCCGAAGACGUGUAUUUGGGUCUGGGGGCUGCAGAGUCCCACGUCGACGGUUGCGAGGGAGAAGAGACGGCUGAGGCUGGCGAAUACGGCACUGAGUCUGAAUGAAGUCUGUGCUCAGGCGAGUAUGGUGGUGCCGCUUGCUGUGCCGGAGGGACGUCUUCCGAAUGGCGUUGGGAUGGACUACACUUCGGCGUGGAAUGUCUCUGCGCUUCUGUCUACGGCGGCGGAAAGCGCUUCAUUGCCCUCUCGGCGACGGCUGGAUGGGACAAGCCAGCCUGUGAGUUUGGCAGACAUGGCCGAGUGUCUGAAUGUGUCUGGCCGGCAGACGCUUGCGAAUAUGCGCAUGUCUGUGGGACCUGCGGCCUUGGAGUCGGGUGAGCGUCCGGACAUGGAUCUGUCGCAAAUUGGAAGUUUGAAAGAUGGUCUCAAGACAGGGAGCAGCAGCAGUCGAGCCUUUGGAAGACUGUCAGGCAUGCGGAGGCCGGACGGCUCAAGCAAUGAGAAUGAUGAGUCUGCGGCAAACCAACGGCCCAUUAUUGGAAACACGGUCGUGCGAAACUACGAAACCUCCCUCCUUUACCCCCUCCUUGACAGCUUCCCGUCAAUAUACAACUACGAUGUUGAAGACGCAAACAACAUUGCCGUCUACACGUCUCUUGCUUCAGAUGGCUCGAUUGUGUACAAGAUGAAGGAUCUGCGAUCGCGGGUAGCCUUGAGCAUCCCGCUGGAGGACAGGGAGAAUCUGGCGAAUGGCCUGGCCGAGCUGGGAGCCGCGUAUGAGGAUGACUGGUCCAGCGGCAGCGAUUUGGAUGAUGACGAUCUAUGAUGACAAUACCUGGUGACAGUCUAUGAUGACAAAAGGGCCUGGCUUGCAAUGUCGCAGUCUUUGGCUUUCCUUUGAAAAAGAGGGGGGACUGAGCUGAGUACUCUAAAAGCUCACUAAGGGACACUCCCUUGCCGACUCAAGAGCAGGUUUAAUAUGACUUGAUGUCUCGCACACUUUACAGAUUCCCGGCCAGUUUUCAAUGUCUUAAAGUAAUUGCAUUCAUGGCAACCAAAUCUACCUAUCUAAAUUUAGUCCCCCUGCUACGGGCUUAAAUGCAAAUCUGAACGAAAAAAGAACAAGGGUAGUUUCACCCCAGAGGACCCUUGAGCCAGUGUAGAUACGACCGAAGGUUAUUUGCUACGGAAUCGUAGAAUAUGCGGUAUAAGGUGGUGAUGCCGCAGCUGCCCGCUAUCAUCGCCCUGCUAAGAUCAGAUUAGGCGCCGUUUUAUUAUGUACUUCGUAUGCCCGCCUCAGGGAUGGACGAGUACGAAAUAAGACAAGGACAAUGCAAAAAAAAAGAAGAAAAAAAAGAGUAAAAAGUCAAAGAAAUAGAAAGCAAAAACAAUGGGGGAUUGGAAAGCUAUUUGGCCGGUCGUGUACGCUGAGUUUUCCAGAUAAUACUAGCGGGAAUUACGACGAAGGGAAAG